CGGCACUUUGCAAAACUUCCCCGCCGCCGCCGCCGCCCGCUUGGCUUGCCCUUCAGCUCCUGCCGUUGUCCCGAUGGCUUCGGAGGAGCAGCAGCUACAGAGGAAGCGAGCCCCGAAGCAGCCGCCUCCGGGGGUCUCCGUCGCCCCCGACCCCGCGCUGAAGCCCUUCGAGAGAAACCUGCUGCGGAACCCCAACCCCGAAGGUACCACGCGGCUCCCCCUGGCGCCCGCUUCUCCUUCAGCCCCUGCGAAGGGACCUGGGGGGGGGUCGAUGGGGGAGAGGGGUGCCUGCUUUGCAAAAGAGGGGGGUUGACCACCUCCACCCCAACGGCCUUUCUAAGGGUCAACAUUGCAAGAAGUGGUCCCCCACCCCCGGAGCAAAGCGUUUUGGGCAAGACCCCUUUGGCACUGCUUAGCGGCGAUUGCUGCCUCGAACGGGGUUGGGCUGGAUGACCUUUGGGUGUCCCGUACAACUCUAUAAGCCUGUGGUUCUAGGAAUCAAUGAAAUAUCAAGGAUAUUUCUAUCUCCCAACCCUCUACAUCAGGGGUCUCCAAACUAAGGCCAGGGGCCGGAAAAGGCCCGAGGGACUCCUUUAUCCGGCCCACGGCGACCCCCGCUGCCCGCUCUUACCGGCAAUGCGCUGCGCGGCUGCCCACUUAGCUUGUGCGGAAGCAGGACUAAGAUGUGGAGAUAUGCUCCAGAGAUCCAGACCAUGGGGAGCCCCAAGAAAUUAAUAAAUACAAUUUGGACUAUAAUUUGAUCUUUUUAUUUUGGUUUUUUAAUUGAAGUAUUAUGAUUGGAUAUUUAAUUGGAUGUUCUUUAUUGGAAAAUCAAUAAAAAUGAUUUUUUUAAAAAAGAGAAAUAGCUUGUGCGCAUGCGCAAUAGUUAUUUGCACAUGCGCAAGCGUUAUUUGUGGUGCACAUCCGGGUCAGAGGAGGCCCGUGCACAUGAGCACAAGCGAUUUCCGGUGCUCCUCCGACUUGGAAGUGCGCCGGAAAUAGCGUGUGUGCAUGCGCUCCCCUGCCCUCUGGCCCGCCGCACGAUCGGCACUGGAGACACCAGCCCGAGGUGCGAUAAGUUUGCUGACCCCUGCUCUACAUGUUAAAAAGGUAAAGGGACCCCUGACCAUUAGGUCCAGUCGUGACCGACUCUGGGGUUGCGGUGCUCAUCUCGCUUUACUGGCCAAGGGAGCCAGCGUACAGCUUCCGGGUCAUGUGGCCAGCAUGACUAAGCCGCUUCUGGCGAACCAGAGCAGCGCACGGAAACGCCCUUUACCUUCCUGCCGGAGAGGUACCUAUUUAUCUACUUGAACUUCGUGCUUUCGAACUGCUAGGUGGGCAGGAGCAGGGACCGAGCAAUGGGAGCUCACCCCGUCGUGGGGAUUCCAACCGCCGACCUUCUGAUCGGCAAGCCCUAGGCUCUGUGGUUUAACCCACAGCGCCACCCGCGUCCCCAUGCUCUACAUGUUACUGAAGCUAUAUUCCAGCCUUCGUCCCCCCGGCUUUCUCCUGAUGUUGUCGAACUACAACUCCCAUCAGCCUUAGGUUGGGGAGCUGAUGGGAGUUGUGGUCUGGCAACACCUGGAAGAAGACAGGUGGGUGAAGGCUGCUCUGAUCCACUUCUGUUUCCUUUGCAAUAGCAUCCCUUGCUGUGCUUGAAGAGUCAAGCCACGCUUGCCUCUUAAUCUUAAAACGACAGACUUGGGGAAACUAGCAACCCAAAACAAACAAAACAACACAAAAACACCUUAAGAGCUCUGCAGAGGAGAUGGAGGCAGACCGUGCUCUGUGUGGUGUCUUUCUGGCGCGCCUCUGUGUUUACACGGAGUGUGUUCUGGAGCCAAGAUGCAUCCCCUCGUAGAUUUAGCUUCCCGAGACCCCAGAAGAGAACUGAACUCUGAAGAAUGACAAUGCUGGCAAGAAAGGCGCGAGAGGAAUUCUAAUAAGGCAUUCCUCCGCCAGACGGUGCUUUAUCAGAGACUAGAAAGCAGGGACACGUUUGCCCAUUAAAAGAUACCUCUAACUGAAGUGGAUUCUCUCCCAGCAGGGAUCACUGUUCGAUGGCUAUUUGCUAGACUUGCCUUUGCAGGAGUCUGAGAUAGGAAGACGGCUUGACUUGCCAGCCAGCCAGCUCCUCACUCAGAGCUACAGCAUUGAGCAGCUGGCUUAUCAGGUGACAGGCAUAUACAGUUUUGCAUCGAUUCAAUUUUGCGUUUUGCUACUAGGAGUUAGCAUCUGAGCUAGCUUGUUUUCCUCCUCCCUCCCCUCCCCUUUUCCUCUUGUGCCAUGUCUCUCAUUUGUAAGCCUGGAGGCAAACAGGCUCGUCUUACUGAUUUUGUAAGUUGCUCUUUGAGCCGUUAUAAAUAUAUACCGUAUUUUUUGCUCUAUAAGACUCACUUUUUCCCUCCUAAAAAGUAAGGGGAAAUGUGUGUGCGUCUUAUGGAGCGAAUGCAGGCUGCACAGCUAUCCCCAGAAGCUAGAACAGCAAGAGGGAUUGCUGCGCAGCGAUCCCUCUUGCUGUUCUGGCUUCUGGGAUUCAGAAUAUUUUUUUUCUUGUUUUCCUCCUCCAAAAACUGGGUGCGUCUUGUGGUCUGGUGCGUCUUAUAGAGCGAAAAAUACAGUAUAUAUAUUUACAGUGGCACAGGGAGAAAAUCUUUAGACGAUUCAAAACGUAUCUGGAUGUGGAGGCAGAGGGAAAAAUAACAGGAAUAUGGAAUGCAGGAUUUAGGAGGGAGGUUUGCAGGAAUUAGGUGUGCUUGUCGCACCGAAUGUUGGGUAGAUAUUGCAAGAGCUGAGUGAUGAGCAACUGAGAGGACUUAGCAUUCUGCUGGGGUUGCGAGUCUACGAUAACGUCCAUAUUUGAGUUAGAGCAUCUUACCGGAACAUAGAGGUGGCUCAUCUCUUGCAGGCAGAGAAGUCUCCACCUUCAGCCACCUUAAAGGUAAAGGGACCCCUGACCAUUAGGUCCAGUUGUUACCAACUCUGGGGUUGCGGGGCUCAUCUCGCUUUAUUGGCCGAGGGAGCCGGUGUACAGCUUCCGGGUCAUGUGGUCAGCAUGGCCAAGUCGCUUCUGGCGAACCAGAGCAGCGCACAGAAACGCCAUUUACCUUUCCGCCGGAGUGGUACCUAUUUAUCUACUUGCACUUUGUGCUUUCGAACUGCUAGGUGGGCAGGAGCAGGGACCGAGCAACGGGAGCUCACCCCGUCGCAGGAUUCGAACCGCCAACCUUCUGAUCGGCAAGUCCUAGGCUCUGUGGUUUAACCUACAGCGCCACCCGCGUUCCACCACAUUACCAGGCCACAAAUACUUGAGCUUGUUCUAAGAGUCUUAGCUGAGUUUAGGAAUCAGCUGCCUGUCCCUUACAGGCUUACCUGCAAGUAGCUCAGCCGAUACCAUUGGCAGCAACUGCUGUGAUGUCACAGAACACUCUGGAAUAUUCUCUUCCUUCUACUCUCUUCUUUUCAUCCUUCUCCGGAUCAGCACACCCCGCCCCACCCCACUGCACACAUAUGAAGGAAGGGUACACACACACACACCCCAAUUUACAUUUCCAAGGGCUCAGGGUAAAAGUCAGAUCUGGCAGAAUCAAUCUGAGACUGAAAUAAUAAUAAUUUAUUAUAUAUACACCCCACCCAUCUGGCUGGGUUUCCCCAGCCACUCUGUACGGCUUCCAGCAGAAUAUUAAAAUACAAUAAUUCAUCAAAUAUUAAAAGCCUGCCCAUCUGGUGGGAGGACAUUCCACAGGGUGGGUGCCACCUCUGAGAAGGCCCUCUGCCUGCUUCCCUGUAACUUGGCUUCUCACAGUGAGGGAACCGCCAGAAGGCCCUCGGAGCUGGACCUCAGUGUCUGGGCAGAACGAUGGGGGUGGAGACGCUCCUUCAGGUAUACUGGGCCAAGGCCUUUAGGGCUUUAAAGGUCAGCACCAACACUUUGAAUUGUGCUCGGAAACGUACUGGGAGCCAAUGUAGGUCUUUCAGGAUUGGUGUUAUGUGGUCUCGGCGGCCGCUCCCAGUCCCCAGUCUAGCUGCCGCAUUCUGGAUUAGUUGUAGUUUCCGGGUCACCUUCAAAGGCAGCCCCACGUAGAGCGCAUUGCAGUAGUCCAAGCGGGAGAUAACCAGAGCAUGCACCACUCUGGCCAGACAGUCUGCGGGCAGGUAGGGUCUCAGCCUGCGUACCAGAUGGAGCUAGGAGACAGCUGCCCUGGACACAGAAUGGACCUGCACCUUCAUGGACAGCUGUGAAUCCAAAAUGACUCCCAGGCUGCACACCUGGUCCUUCAGGGGCACAGUUGCCCCAUUCAGGACCAGAGAGCACAUAGAUCUGAAAGAGGAGGAAAAUACUUUCACUCUUCCAACGUUCUCCUUUAGCCAAAGGUCCUUUUCAAGAGAGGAACAGGGGGCUGCCCUCACCACCUGCUGGCCCAAGGGGCUGCGGGGCAGGUGGGUGAGCUCAGGGGCUUGUUAUCGCCACGUUGGCAACCUCUAUCCCAGCUGCUGAGAAGCUGGAAUGCGUCUGAGAAGUUGGAAUGUGCGUAGUCAUUCUGUUACAUCCCAGCCAGGAAGGUUGGUGAUCAGCUGUCAGAUCUGCACAGUAUUUAUGAAUGGGUUGAUUUUCACUCUAGAAUCCUUCCAGCCAAUGGACCGCAAGCAUGCAAAUGAACGUGGUGGGGAAGAGCAAGGAGGUCGCUUGCAAGAUCCGACAAUGUCAGAUUUUAAUGAAAGGUCCUUUGCCUGUUUCCCUUCCAGAAAAUAGCAAACGGCUUUUUCUGAUGUUGAGCCAAGAAGAGUUUUUACUGUUCUGGCUAGUCAGGGUUCCAGGCCGCUACAAGGCAGGGCGGAUGCCUAAACAUGUUAAAACUUGCGGGUGCAGGAGAUUAACUCCCAGAGCUCUGAAACAGCUUGUUUUUGGCCUUGCUGGUGCUGCUUGCCUGGGGGUGCGGGAAGAUCUCCGCAAUUACCGUAAUUAAUUGGCAGUCAUAAUCCUUGCGCGCUUGCAAGGAGGCCUUGUAGCUUCCAGGCCUCCUUUCGUCACUCCCAAUUAACACAGCCCUUUCUUAAGAACGCAGUAAGUGUCUGCUGGAUAAAGCCCAAAGUGGCCCGUGUAGUCCAGCAUCCUGAUUUUACGGGGCAAACGAGAUACCUAUAAAGAACUGUUUAGUUAGAAGGGAACCGCUCAUCCCCUUGCAAUGCAGGAAUCGCCUAUGUAUGUGAGAGAAGGUUCAGGGCAGGACAGUGGCGUAGCGAGGAUUGCUGGCUCCCAGGGCAAGGAAAGUAUUCUGCCCUGUAACUGGCACCUCCAUGCGGCGCUGCAGCUGCUGCCAGACAGAUCUGCAGAGCAGCCGCAAGACAUGGGUGCAGAUCUCCUGUUAAGGUGGCAGCUGCAGAGGUGCACCUGUAAUAUAUUUUUUUUGCAGUUGCCCUGGGGUCCCCACCCCCAUGCUAUGCCACUGGCUGGGCUUGGUGCUAAAAGCAAUCCUUACGGGGUCCUCGCUGCGGGAUCACAUUCACCCAGUGCAAUACCAGCUGCACUGGCUCCUGGUGGAGUACAGGGUCAGGUUUAAGGUGCUGGUUUUAUAGCCCUAUACGGCCUAGGACCCUCAUACCUAUGGGACCGCUUCUCCUGGUAUGUCCCAUGGAGGACCUUACGGUCUUCAGACAAAAACAUCUUGGAGGUCCCAGGCCACAGGGAGGUUAGGCUGGCCUUGACCAGAGCCAGGGCCUUUUCAAUACUGGCCCCGAUCUGGUGGAACGCUCUGUCACAAGAGACUAGGGCCCUGCGGGACUUGACAUCUUUCCGCAAGGCCUGCAAGACAGAGCUGUUCCUCCUGACCUUUGGCCAAGGCACAGUCUGACCCCCUCCUUUGGUAAUUCUUUACAGAACUCUAGCCCAAUGGUUGCCAUCAAUUUGAUUUGAACUGAUUUUAUAAUGAAUUGAUUUUAGAAUGCUGUAUUAUUUUGCUGUUGUUAGUCGCUCUGAGCCCGGCUUCGGCUGGGGAGGGUGGGAUAUAAAUAAAUUAUUAUUAUUAUUAUUAUUAUUAUUAUUAUUUAUUAUCAAGGUUCAAUGCAUUUUCCUCUUCCUCCGUUUAUUUUACAGGUGUGAAUAUUUCUGAGCCAGCGCCCCCCCUGACGCUGCCCAGGGCAGCUUGGAAUCCCCUGGACCCUAAAGGUGAGGUAAUGCGCGACAGUGGGAGGCGAUUGGGGUUGUGGGCCUCUCCUUGCAAGCCCAGAGCUGGCUGGCAUGUGCAACUUGUUAAUUUCCUCCUGAGUGGAAGUUAUCGAUAGAAGCCGAAAACUCACUCCUUAGGAAUAAAAACACACAGCGAGCGUAAAAAUCAGUUUACUGAUAAUAAAACUCAAACCAGAAACCACAAAAUCAUAUUCUGGGAAGCUUUGGAACAGCAGUUCUCUGACCCAGGUCACUGACGGCCGUAAUCCUUUAAGCGUGACAGCAACAUAGCAGGACCUGUCAGGGGGACGGAUUACAGUUUCACAAUGGGAGGAAGAGCAUAAAUCGAGCCAUCCAUAGAGAAAUGUUUGAACAAGCGAUCAGAUGACUCAAGCCAGACUAAACGGAUCAGAAUGUCAAAAGGAAAUGGAAAUGAGUUGCCCAAGGUGGGAGACAAAGACUUACAAAAUGACUUGAGGGACAGGUGUCAAGUCACAGGUUCAGAUUUCUGACUGAUAUCUGUGAUGUUUCUGUGUUGCACAUAAAUGUUGCGUUUCCAAGGAGGUGUUUCUGUGAUGGGGGAAAUGGAACUUUUAAAAUAUGCUGUAAACCAGGGGUCAGCAAACAUUUUCAUCAGGGGGCCGGUCCACUGUCCCUCAGGCCUUGUGGGGGUCCAGACUAUAUUUUUUUUGGGGGGGGGGAUAUGAACGAAUUCCUAUGCUCCACAAAUAACCCAGAGAUGCAUUUUAAAUAAAAGCACACAUUCUACUCAUGUAAAAACACGCUGAUUCCCGGACCGUCCAUGGGCCAGAUUUAGAAGGCGAUUGGGCUGGAUCUGGCCCCCGGGCCUUAGUUUGCCUACCCAUGACGUAAACCCAGAUCAAGGCUGCUUCUUCCUCUUGCUGUCUUGAGGGGAGAAACUUUGCUUCCCAACUUUGCUUUUCCUUAUGCCUGGUUACAGUCUGCAAUUCUUUCCUCUGACAGACAAGCAGACCUCCACGGAAUUGCGAGUCCUUUGAGCAAGGGAUUGGUGCAAAAGUGACCCCGAUUUUUACACCAGGCCUUUUGAGAUACCUGGCCCCAGAAGCAUGCGUAAAAGGCAAUUUCCUUGAUAGGAAGUGAGUUUGGUUUGUUUUUUUAAGAACCUAGGAUGUAGCUUGUUAAGUUGUGGGUGAACAUAUCACAGCGAUUCUUCAAACAGCUCUUGUUUAUUCACAGGCCAGAACAGAACUGAACUGAAGGGUUCAGCCAGCCUGCUUAUAUAGAGCUCCACUACAACGCAACAGUAACCACUUUCUGUAACUAUCCAAUCACUGAACGUCACUUUCAAUCCCUUAUUUGCAUAUGUGGACCUGAGUGAAAACUAUCUACAGUAUCCCCCUGCUGGUCCAGGGUGAGAACUUCAGUACAUAACAUAGCUUGUGUUUGCAUUGAUGCAAAAUAGUUGAGACAGUGGACCAGGUUGUGAAUUCUGUAUCAUUCCCUCAGUGGGGCUUCCCUUGGGCUUGACCCAGAACAUGCAGUCGGCACCGAAUGCUGCAGCGCGAUUGCUGAUAGGUGAGAGGCCUUGUCAGCAUAUAGCGCCUGUGCUCAAGAGAUCUUCCCUGGUGUCCAAUUUGCUACCAGACCAAGUUCAAGGUGUUACUAUUAGUACAGGGAUAGGCAACCUAAGGCCCAUGGGCCAGAUCUGGCCCAAUCGCCUUCUCAGUCCGGCCCACGGACAGUCCGGGAAUCAGCAUGUUUUUACAUGAGUAGAAUGUGUCCUUUUAUUUAAAAUGCAUCUCUGGGUUAUUUGUGGGGCAUAGGAAUUCAUUCCUUUUUUCCCCUGUUGCAGGUGCCUCAAAAUCACAAUUCUGCAUUUGUAAUAACUUGGUCUUUGGAACUCCCUGCACCUUGACACCAGGGGGUUGCCUUCACUGUAUUUUUUUCUGUACAUGUUAAAAGCUUUCUUGUUCAGACAAGCCUUCCAAUAUAUUUAGAAAGCUGAUGUGAGUUUUGUUUUUAUUGCUGUUUUACCUUUCGAAUGUUUUAAAUAGAUCUUUUUAUUGUUUUGUAAGCCACUUUGAGGCUUUCUUUUCUUUUGCAACCAAGCGGUGUACAAAUUUUAUGAAAUAAAUACAUAUAUUUUUAUUCGGAAGCUGCACAAGCUCAGGGACACUGCGCUCUUGUGCUUAUUUUUUUUGGGGGGGGGACCCACAUGUUCCAUCUAGAGGGGGGAAAGCGUUCUGUGUAUGCUCAGGGCCACCUGGCUCGAGAUGCCAGAAUGCAGGGUCACAGGAAAAUGGCAAUCUGCUAAAACCAUUUCCCCUUCCUCUUGAGGGUCCCCUUUCCAUCUCUCCCCACAGGUAUUUUCAAAGGCUGGCAAGUUAGCAUCGAGCCCUUGGAGGCAGACAAGACAGAGGUCGCCCCAAAGUCCAUCUUGCCACGCUAUAGGUGAGUGGGGGACUCACUGGCAGGGCCGGAUUUAGGUUUGAUGAGGCCCUAAACUAUUGAACGUAAUGGGGCCCUUUCUAUGUCCAGCUUUCCUUUGUCAACAACAAAUGGCCGCUGUUUUUUGUGUUGAAUAUAUGCUAUAUGGUAAUAUAUGGACCUAAUAGGUAUCUCAAGCCAUUUGUACAUGUUGCCGUGGAACCAGUCCAUGCAGAAUGUCAGCACCCUAUAUAUAAAAGGUAAAGCCCAGUCGUGGCCGACUCUGGGGUUGCGGCGCUCCUCUCGCUUUAUUGGCCGAGGGAGCCGGUGUACAGCUUCCAGGUCAUGUGGCCAGCAUGACUAAGCCUCUUCUGGCGAACCAGAGCAGCGCAUGGAAACGCCGUUUACCUUCCCGCUGGAGCAGUACCUAUUUAUCUACUUGCACUUUGACAUGCUUUUGAACUGCUAGGUUGGCAGGAGCAGGGACUGAGCAACGGGAGCUCACCCCGUCACGGGGAUUCGAACCGCCAACCUUCUGAUCAGCAAGCCCUAGGCUCAGUGGUUUAACCCACAGCGCCACCCGCGUCCCUACGCUAUAUAUUGAAAGGAGCAAACCAGUGAUAUUUUAGGGAGCAGGCUAGCAGGUGGGGUCCAUGACUUACAUCACAGGAGCCUACACAACACAAAACACUGUUGCUGUAUAUAAGCUUUAUUUUAUUUGUUGUUUAUCUUAUAUUUUGGAAAUGUGCAUCCAGGUUUUUUUGCUUUAAAUUUUUUUGGGCCCCCCAAGAGAGUGGGGCCCUAAGCUAUAGCUUGUUUAGCUUAUACGUAAAUCUGGCACUGGAGUCCCUGUGAGCUGGUCUUGUCUCUUUGAGUCUCAUUGGAACAGCUGACCUGCUUCCUUCUCUCCCUUUCGCCCUUUCUAGCUGGUGCGUUAAGCAGCAACACGUAGACUUGGUGGCCGAAGGAUUUUGGGAGGAGCUACUGGAUUCAUACCAGCCAAACAUCACCGUCAUGGAUUGGUAAGUGUGUGUGGCCUGGCGGCGGUUAGUUCCCCCUGCAUUCCUGCAUUGCAGAGGGUUGGACUGGAUGACCCUGGAUGUCAGGAGCCCGUCCUACACUCAAGUAGGACCCUGGCAGAGACACAUGCCACGACUGGCAUGUUCUGUCCCUCCUGGUCGAUCAGGAGCUUCAAAAGCUUUCUUCUGCCCGAACAUCACAGCAACCGAUGCCAACAGACAUCGGCACAUUUAGGGAUCCGCAGAGUCUGCGCAGCUUGCGUGACAGACCUCAGCAACUCAGCAUUUUGGCUAAUCUACUUUAUUUACGUAUAAAUGCACGCGGAGCACUGCACCAUGGCUCCCUCUCUCUCUAGCAUCAGACAGCAAAGAGAAAAAGAACAAAGGGCAAUAGUCCCUGAAAUAUACUCAGAGUCGAGUAUGGAUUUCAUGCUCUUUAUUCAGCUCAUAGUGGUGAGGAGGAAUGGAAGUUCCCCCAGAAUGUCUGCUUUAUAUACAUUAUUUACACAAUGGGCCCCACGUGAUUGGCUAAUUCCGGGAUUCUCCUGUAGGCCAAUCAGGUUGCGGAUUCACUUCCACCUGGAGCUGGAUUGGGUGGCUCCUGUGGACCAAUCAGACUGCUGCAUUCUGAAUCCUAUUGUUCUAGGACCAAUCAGACUGCUGCAUUUUGGAUCCUAUUCAACUCAGUACAUAAUAGUCCCACUUCACGGAACGCAGGAACACAAACAUCCUGUCUCCGUCACUUCCCACUCGGUGGAGUCAAAACAUCCACCGUCAUGUGAUAGACAACAAUCCCAUGACUGCAAUCACGGAGCAGGAAAUCUAACACCUUGGGGGUCCCUUGCAAGUCUACAGUUUUAUGAUUCUACGACCCUGGUUCUUUCCUGGCCUUGUUUGGCACAAUGGGCAAGAAGCACACUGAGAGCGUCACCGGCUCUCUAAAAAUAAGUGCUGGGGCUUGAUGCUACCUAGAAAGUUAUGCUGUUUGAACUGGAAGCCUGUCCUUCAACUCCAAAACAACCUGGGCUCUGCUUCGUGAAAUAAGUGAUUUGCGCAAGGGCCGUGCAGACGGUCUGUGGCAGAACCCUUCCCAUCAGUCCCAUAGUUUAGGGAAUUUUUAAUGUCUGAUGUUUUGUUGUAUUUUUAAUAUUUUGAUGAUGAUCUUUUACCUCCCCUGUCCUGGUCUCUGACAUGCUCCCUUACCCCUGUAUCUCUGUCAAAGAUUCUCCCUGACACCACUGAUGAAUAGCCUAUUUUUAGGGGCAAGAUCCCCAAGGCUGGCAGUUCCACAGGAGUGAGGGAAAUAAACUUUGUACAUGCUCAGAUGCAUUCAGCCCUUGCUUAGAAUAUAUUCCAGGCAUGUCCAACUGGUAGAUCUAUGAUUCUAUGAUCUACUGGUAGAUCGUGGGGUGUUCCUGGUAGAUCCUGGUUGAUCUCCGGCCCCUCAGCAAUUUCCUUACAGAAAAGCAGAAAAGGGGGGGGGGGACCCAAAUCUCCACAACUUUGGCUUCCUAAAAUCACUGCCAGUUUUUUUACAUUGUGAGUAGAUCGCAGUCUAUUGGGAGUUGGACAUCCCUGAUAUAUUCUGAUAGCAAAAUUCAAGGCUAAGCCUUGGAGAGCCCUGGUUCAAAUUGUUGUUGUUGUUGUUUAGUCGUUUAGUCGUGUCCGACUCUUCGUGACCCCCUGGACCAGAGCACGCCAGGCACUCCUGUCUUCCACUGCCUCCCGCAGUUUGGUCAAACUCAUGCUGGUAGCUUCGAGAACACGGUCCCACCAUCUCGUCCUCUGUCGUUCCCUUCUCCUUGUGCCCUCCAUCUUUCCCAACAUCAGGGUCUUUUCCAGGGAGUCUUCUCUUCUCCUGAGGUGGCCAAAGUCUUGGAGCCUCAGCUUCAGGAUCUGUCCUUCCAGUGAGCACUCAGGGCUGGUUUCCUUCAGAAUGGAGAGGUUUGAUCUUCUUGCAGUCCAUGGGACUCUCAAGAGUCUCCUCCAGCACCAGAAUUCAAAAGCAUCCAUUCUUCAGCGAUCAGCCUUCUUUAUGGUCCAGCUCUCACUUCCAUACAUCACUACAAUGUGUGUGUUUUUUUGGGGGUGGGGGCGUGAUGAAUGGGAGGGGCACAUCUCGCACAAUUUCAUUCAGCUUGCUUUCAGCCACAUAUGUUUGAAAUUGCAGAGGUUAAAUGCAUGUAAGAUGCAAUUGCACCGUCACUAAAUACCGUAUUUUUCGCUCUAUAAGACGCACCAGACCACAAGACGCACCUAGUUUUUGGAGGAGGAAAACAAGAAAAAAAUAUUCUGAAUCUCAGAAGCAAGAACAGCAGGAGGGAUCGCUGCGCAGUGAAAGCAGCAAUCCCUCUUGCUGUUCUGGCUUCUGGGAUAGCUGCGCAGCCUGCAUUCGCUCAAGUGAGUCUUAUAGAGCAAAAAAUACGGUAUAUCUAGUAAAUCAGGUGCAAAAGUGUCUUCACACAUGCUUUAUUCGGACCACCAGAGGGCAGCAGUUCUGCAGUGAUAAAGCCAGUUUUGCGUGGACAAAACCAUCAGCCCCAACACGACUGCUUUCUCCCUACAGGUACGAAAACAGCAAACUGGCUGACUCUGUCUAUGAACUCCACGUCCGGCUCCUGGGAGCAGACAGGGCCACGGUGAUGGGUGAAUUUCACUACGUGGCGCACGAGGGCGAGCAGGACGGGCAGGAAAACAAGAACUGGCAUCACGUAAGAGCUGGGUUGGGUGGGCAAUCAGGAUUCGAACACAAGACACACUCCACUCCCACAGUUUCCAGCAGCUGGUGUUCAGGAGCAUUGCUGUGGAGGGCACAGCAUAGCCAUUGAUAACCUUGUCUCCCCCCCUGAAUUUUUCUAAUCCUCCUUUAAAGCCAUCCCAGUUGGGGGCCAUGUGGCAGGGAGUUCCACAGUUUAACCGUGCGCUGUUUAAAGAAGGACUUCAUUUUACCAGAGAGGGGAAAUCUUUUCUAUAUCUGCUUCCUUUGUGCCCUUCGUAAUAUAAAGCACCGUGUCUCCUCAGUUGGCUAGAGCGCUGUGCUGAUAAGGCCAAGGUUGCAGGUUCGAUCCCCCCACGGGAAAGCUGCAUAUUCCUACAUUGCAGGGGGUUGGACUGGAUGACCUCUGGGUCCUUUCCAGCUCUGUCAUUCUAUGAUUCAAAACUUUAAAAUGCCAAACACUGUAACCGUUCUUCAUAGGGGAGUUCCUCAAUCUUGUUUUGCAAACUCCUGGAUGUCCACAAGUUCUCGUGGACAUGCACAAGCAAUGGAAGAAAGCUUUUUUCUACCCACUUCCCGCAUGACAUGUACAAUUUUAUAAAGUUCCAUCAUGUCGCCACUUCCUCGCUUUUUCUCUACACUAAAACGCCCCAAACGCUGACUGAUCUGGGUCUCACUGGGUUGGCUGAGCCGCAUGGCCUGCUGUCAUAAAAACCCCCUAAGGACUCAGUUUGCCUGUCCAAGAAAUGGGUACAUAUGUGUGCAUUAAGAUGGAGGAACUUUGGGGUCUCCACCCCUGUGGUUGUAGCCUUGUGGACUGAGACCGUCCCCCCCCUUCUCGAUCUCUUUCAAGGUCUCCCACGUAUUCCAGCGCUACGGAGCAGGACUGCGCUAUGUCCACUUCCUCCACAAGGCCAAAGAGGUCGAGACGCCGGCUGGAUUCCUCCGGACGAGAGUGACGGACAGCAGCGUCUCUGCCCAGCUGCAGGACUGAUGGCGUUUGGGGGAGCGG